AUGGGUGCACUGGGCGGUGGCUUCCUCCUCCUGCUCCUGGACAUGAGUGGCAAUGACCUCGCAGAGCUGGGACCUGAGCUGCUGACACUGAGCGGCCUGCACAUGCUGCUGGCCACGAACAACCGGUUGGGCGGCCCAGGCUCGCUGCCCAAGGGCCUGCCUGGCCCAUUUGCUGCUCUGCUGCAGCCUCCAGGUGCUCAACCUCAGCAGCAGCACCUUCCAGGAGUUGCCUGCCUAGCUGCUGGAGCUAUCAGAGUCUACAGGGCUUUGACUCGACACCGAGUCAUAGGGACAGUGGAUACUGAGGUCAUUGUCUAUUUCAUGGCUCACAUGAGGGAACUGAGGGUGGCCCUGCUGUUCUUCUACUCUGGCCACUCCUCCUUUGGCAUGUACUGCAUGUUGUUCCUGGUGCUGUACGUGCAGGCCUGGCUCUGCUGGAAGUGGGCCCGGCUGCUGAGGCCCACCGUUCAGUUCUUCUUGGUGGCUUUUGCCAUCUAUGUGGGCUAUAGCCCAGUGUCUGACCACAAGCACCACUGGAGUGAUGUCCUCGUCGGCCUCCUUCAGGGAGCCCUGGUGGCCUGCCUCAGGGUCCGCUACAUUUCAGAUUUCUUCAAAUCCCGGCCGCCCCAGCCCUGCCAGGAGGGUGAAGAGCCAGAGCGCAAGCCCAGUCUGUCGCUGACGCUGACCCUUGGUGACCGACCCUAGCUGCUAUGGAAGCUGGAAAGUCACCCGUGGGCCAGUCAUGUGUUGGCCCCAU